GCAGCCAACAGCCAAGGCUCAUCCACCGGUGUCAUGGCUUCCUAACAGUCGUGGGGGACUGAAUGAGAGCAAAAACAAGCCCGCUUGUCUCCAAGGCCCCGACGCGGUAUAACCAUUUUCCCACUGAACCGAGGAGGGGGGGCCUCGCUCGCCCAGGAUAGAUUGUUUUUUCAUUAUUUGUCAAAAUCUGAGCGUUCAACUCCCUCCGACGUUUGAAGGCAGCACCGCGGUGGUGGAAGAUGGCCGACCCGGCGGAGUGCACCAUCAAAGUGAUGUGCCGUUUUAGGCCUCUCAACAGCUCCGAGGUGACCAGAGGAGACCGAUACAUUCCCAAAUUCCAAGGGGAAGAAACCGUUAUCAUCUCGAACAAACCGUACAUGUUUGACCGAGUCUUUCAGUCCAGCACAACACAGGAGCAAGUGUACAAUGCCUGUGCCCAAAAAAUCGUCAAAGAUGUUCUUGAAGGAUACAACGGGACAAUUUUUGCAUACGGCCAGACGUCCUCUGGGAAAACACACACCAUGGAGGGGAAUCUCCACGACACAGACUCCAUGGGCAUUAUCCCCAGGAUAGUGCAGGACAUCUUCAACUACAUCUACUCCAUGGAUGAGAACCUGGAGUUUCAUAUCAAAGUUUCCUAUUUUGAAAUUUACUUAGACAAGAUCCGGGACCUGUUGGAUGUGUCAAAGACCAAUCUUUCAGUGCACGAAGACAAAAACAGAGUACCCUACGUGAAGGGCUGCACCGAGCGCUUUGUCUGCAGUCCAGAUGAGGUCAUGGACACCAUCGACGAAGGAAAAUCCAACAGACACGUAGCAGUCACAAACAUGAACGAGCACAGCUCCAGGAGUCAUAGCAUCUUCCUGAUCAACGUCAAGCAGGAGAACACCCAAACGGAGCAGAAGUUGAGUGGGAAACUGUACCUGGUGGAUCUGGCUGGUAGUGAAAAGGUCAGCAAAACAGGAGCAGAGGGAGCCGUAUUGGACGAAGCCAAGAACAUCAAUAAGUCGCUGUCGUCCCUCGGGAACGUCAUCUCCGCUCUGGCUGAAGGAACAGCCUACAUCCCAUACCGAGACAGCAAGAUGACUCGUAUCCUUCAGGACUCGCUGGGCGGCAACUGUCGCACCACCAUAGUCAUCUGCUGCUCGCCCUCCUCCUACAACGAGGCCGAAACCAAAUCAACCCUCAUGUUCGGUCAAAGAGCAAAGACCAUCAAAAACACAGUGACUGUCAACGUUGAGCUGACGGCGGAACAGUGGAAGCAGAAGUACGAGAGGGAGAAGGAAAAGAAUAAGACCCUGAGGAACACCGUCACCUGGUUGGAGAAUGAGCUCAAUCGCUGGAGGAAUGGCGAGAGUGUGCCGGUGGAGGAGCAGUUUGACAAGGAGAAGGCCAACGCCGAGGUGUUGGCACUGGACAACAUCCUCAAUGACAAGCCGGCGUCCACACCCAACGUGCCCGGCGUGCGUCUCACCGACGUGGAAAAGGACAAGUGUGAGGCCGAGCUGUCCAAGCUGUACAAGCAGCUGGAUGACAAGGAUGAAGAAAUCAACCAGCAGAGCCAGCUGGCCGAGAAGCUGAAGCAGCAGAUGUUGGACCAGGAGGAGCUGCUGGUAUCGUCACGUCGCGACCACGAGAAUCUCCAGGCCGAGCUCAACCGCCUGCAGGCGGAGAAUGAGGCCUCCAAGGAGGAGGUGAAAGAGGUACUGCAGGCUCUGGAGGAGUUGGCGGUCAACUAUGACCAGAAGAGCCAGGAGGUGGAGGACAAGACCAAGGAGUUUGAGGUCAUCAGCGAGGAGCUGAGCCAGAAAUCGUCUAUGCUGUCAUCUGUGGACUCUGAGCUCCAGAAGCUGAAGGAGAUGUCCAACCACCAGAAAAAGAGGGUUACAGAGAUGAUGUCAUCACUUCUCAAAGACCUGGCAGAGAUUGGCAUUGCCGUGGGCAGCAACGACAUGAAGCAUGAGGGUGGCAGCGGUCUGAUCGACGAGGAUUUCACGGUAGCGCGUCUGUACAUCAGCAAGAUGAAGUCAGAGGUGAAGAGCAUGGUGAAGCGCUGCAAACAGCUGGAGGGCACCCAGUCAGAAAGCAACCAGAAGAUCGACGAGAACGAGAAGGAACUGGCCGCCUGCCAGUUGCGCAUCUCGCAGCACGAGGCCAAGAUCAAGUCCUUGACGGAGUACCUGCAGAACGUGGAGCACAAGAAGAGACAGCUGGAGGAGAAUGUGGACUCUCUCAACGAGGAGCUGGUCAAACUCAGUGCUCAGGAGAAAGUCCACGCCAUGGAGAAGGAGAACGAGAUCCAGACCGCCAACGAAGUCAAGGUGCGUGGCUCUGCUCUUGUCAGUCACCUCCGUUCUCCCCAAUUAUCCCCUAAAAAAGUGACAUUUGUUGUGUCACAGGAAGCCGUCGAGAAGCAGAUCCACUCUCAUCGCGAGGCUCACCAGAAACAGAUUAGCAGCCUGAGGGACGAGCUGGACAACAAGGAGAAGCUCAUUACUGAGCUGCAGGACUUGAACCAGAAGAUCAUGCUGGAGCAGGAGAGGCUGCGAGUAGAGCAUGAGAAACUCAAGUCCACCGACCAGGACAAGAGCCGCAAGCUGCACGAGCUCACGGUGAUGCAGGACAGGCGGGAGCAGGCCAGGCAGGACCUGAAGGGUCUGGAGGAGACAGUGGCAAAAGAACUGCAGACUCUGCACAACCUGAGGAAGCUCUUUGUCCAGGAUUUGGCCACACGAGUGAAAAAGAGUGCAGAGAUGGACUCUGAUGACACUGGGGGCAGCGCGGCCCAGAAACAGAAAAUAUCCUUUCUUGAAAACAAUCUUGAGCAGCUCACCAAGGUUCACAAACAGCUGGUACGUGACAAUGCAGACCUUCGGUGUGAGCUUCCGAAACUGGAGAAGCGCCUUCGUGCUACGGCUGAACGGGUCAAGGCCCUUGAGUCUGCACUGAAGGAAGCUAAGGAGAACGCCGCCCGCGACCGCAAGCGCUACCAGCAGGAGGUGGAUCGUAUCAAGGAAGCCGUCAGGGCCAAGAACAUGGCCAGGCGGGGACACUCGGCGCAGAUAGCUAAGCCCAUCCGACCCGGGCAGCAGCCGGUGGCGUCCCCCACCCACCCCAACAUCAACCGCAGCGGGGGAGGUUUCUACCAGAACAGCCAGACUGUGUCCAUCAGGGGUGGCGGUUCCGCCAAGACUGACAAGAAUUGAAGCGAGCAGGAAAAACAAAGGAUGGCACCACAGAAGAAGAAGCUGAUAUCAUUCAACAUCCCCCCCUCUCCUCUACUCCCAUUCACGCCCCCUCUUGGCUCUGUCAUUCCAUUACAGCUUCACAGCCGCCCAGGAGUGAGUGUGCAGACUAUAAAUAUAUAUAAAUAUAAAUAUUCCUGGCUGUACAGCUCUGAACCGCUUACAUACCUAUCACCAUAAAAAAAAAGAAGCGACAGAUUGAGUUAACAACACGAGCUACUAAAAAUAAUAGAGAUAUCCAAACAACCAGUCUUGAAAAGCCGCAGCACCCUUGGCCAGCAAAAGCUGCACGCGACUUGAAUGUGUAGCUUUCGUUUUUCUUUUCUUUUUUUGCACUUGUCUGUCGUUGUGCGAGUAGUUGUGCACUGCAGCCCCACCAUCCCAAGGUGAAUGUAACACUAAUAUAAGUAAUAAAAGACAAAAAAAAGGAGCGAUCCUACAGCCAGACGUAGCUUUGUAGGCGAAAUCGAGCUCUGUACAUUUACACUUUAGCAGCACACUUUCUCAAUGUAGAUUCUUUAAAAUGAUGACGUCACUAUAUACGUAUGUAUGUGUGUGUGUGUGUGUGUGUAUGUAUAUAUAUAUAUAUAUA